AUGCCGGCUCAGACGGAAUGUUCUACCGCCUCGGGGACCAACAAAAAAAGAGAUACACAUGCCUGGUACUGGUCAGCCUUGCCCCCAAAGCAAUGCCCCGUCCAUGCUGACGCCUUGGGACCAGGGCCGAGGUAUCGCUGCCUGCUGCGAAUCCAUUCCAUCCUACCCACUCGUCAGCCCCACGCAGGCAACCAGAGUCCUGGCUCACGGGUACACGGCUUAUGUCGUUUUUCCCUGUCUUAA